AUAUUUAGUUUAUCUUGGUUGAGUGAUGGUGGAACAAGAUAAUAUUUAAGUGACCGUUAACCAAGUCAACAGUGGUUCGAAAAACAUUGAUAUUUUCUCGAAGCGCAUCUGUAGCCGUUUUUUUAUUCAACCAAAUUUUUAGCUUCAUUUCAUUAUUUUAUGGUCAUGACUAUCCAAGCACUUCAUUUUGCUCUCGAGUGGUUUACAACCCCGAGCAAUGUGACUUUGUUCUCACUGAUGGCAAUUUUCUCGAUUUUUGUUUUAGUGGCUUUAAUAAAACGGGUGAUAUUUGUCAAACGAAUUAACAGAAUUCCAGGUUUACCUUGCGGAAUUACUAUAAUCGGAAAUGCUCCCACAUUUCUUGUCCCUCCCGAAGAAAUUCUCAAUCGUUUGACUGGCUAUGUAGCUGCUAUGCAAUCUUCAGACCCAGUUCUACGUUCAUGGGCAGGACCAUUUCCAUUUUUUAUCUUAUUUACUGCCGAAUCAUUCGAGGUUAUAUUGAGCAGCAGAAAGUUGAUUGAUAAAAGCCGUGACUACAAUUAUCUAAAACCUUGGUUAAACACAGGUUUACUUACAAGCACAGGGAGAAAAUGGUUUGAACGACGAAAAAUGCUGACGCCAACCUUCCAUUUUAAAAUUUUGGAAGAUUUUGUACAAGUAUUUAAUGAACAGAGUCAGAAUUUGAUACAGCAGCUCCACGACGCAAUUAAAUUAAAAAAUGAAAUUGAUGUAUACCCUUUUAUCACGCGAUGCACUCUUGACAUCAUAUGUGAUACUGCGAUGGGUUGCAAUGUUGAUGCCCAAGCAAAAAGUGACAGUGAAUACGUCAAAGCCGUUUACACAAUGAGCGAAAUUGUAGCUGCAAGGCAGUCGCGACCAUGGAUUCAACCAAACAUUUUGUUUCAAAUGUCCGAAUACAGUUCAAAGCAACGCAAAGUUCUUUGUGUAUUGCAUAGUUUUACCGAUGACGUAAUCCGAAGAAGUAAAAUGGAAAGAAUGGAACAGAAUACCAACAAAAUUACCACUCAAUACCAAGACGAUGACAGUUUCGUUGCAAAAAAAAAACGUCUGGCACUUUUAGAUCUUCUUCUUGAUGCAUCGAAAAAUGGAGAAGUGCUAAGCGAUCUUGAUAUUCGCGAAGAAGUAGAUACCUUCAUGUUUGAGGGUCAUGACACAACAACCGCUGCUAUCAACUGGUCGUUACUUCUAAUAGGAAGCUAUCCACAAGUGCAGGAAAGAUUAAAUGAAGAACUUGAUCGCGUUUUUGGAGGAUCGGAUCGUCCGGCAACGAUGGCUGAUCUAAGUGAAUUAAAAUACCUCGAAUGCUGCAUUAAGGAAGCUUUACGUUUAUACCCUAGCGUCCCUAUCAUUGGUCGUAAACUGAACGAAGAUACCGUCAUACAUGGCUACACAUUGCCAGCAAACACAACAGUGGGUCUCAUGACUUACAUUCUACAUAGGGAUCCGAAAAAUUUUCCUGAUCCUGAAUUGUAUCAGCCUGAGCGUUUUUUUGAAACCAACAGUCGAGGACGACAUCCUUAUGCCUACGUUCCGUUUAGCGCAGGACCCCGCAAUUGCAUUGGCCAAAAAUUCGCCUUGAUGGAAGAAAAAGUAAUUUUGAGCAGCAUAUUUCGAAAUUUCCAUAUAAAAGCACUGGACAAGAGGGAAGAAUUAAUUCUUUUGAUCGAACUAAUCUUGCGUCCCCGUAAUGGAAUCCGCCUUCUUCUAACGCCAAAACAAAAAGAUUAACUGUAUUUGUAUAUAUUUUUUUAUAUGAAUCGCCUAAUUAUUUUGUUAAAUUAGAUCAUCUUCUUUUAUGUCCUAAGGCAAAAAGAUGUGUCCAUAUAAUUCGAUGGAUCAUCUUCAAAUAUAUGUUAUCAAGUAUUA